UCAGAUAUUACGGUAUUAAUGACAAGUGGGUGGAUUGGACGUCAAUGGUAUAUAUGAUUGUCUAUAUACCACUAAUUUUCCCUGGCAGUUGGUUUCUUGAUAAGAUGGGUCUUCGCAUAACAGCGCUCGUGGGCGUUGUGGGCACAUGCAUUGGUUCAUGGAUCAAAGUAUUCUCCGUGCAACCGGAUCUCUUUUAUGUCACAUUUAUUGGUCAAACCAUUGUGGCAUUGUCCCAGGUCUGUAUUUUAUCCUUGCCGGCGCGAAUCGCUGCAGUUUGGUUUGGACCUCACCAGGUGUCUUCGGCUUGUAGUGUAGGUGUAUUUGGCAACCAG